AUGAUCCUCCUCCACCCAUUCAGCUACCUCCUCUUAUCUCUUACUCUCGUUCUCCCUGCCCUGUCCAAGGACAUCCACAGACAAGGCUCAGGCUGCCGCUGCAUCUAUGGCGACCCAUGCUGGCCUUCCCCCUCAGCCUUCGAAGUCCUCGCUCUAAAACUUUCACAACCCCUCUUACGUCCCCUUCCUCCUGCCUCUCCCUGCUACUCUUCGAAUUCCUCACCCUCGGAUGCUGCGCUCUGCGCAGAAGCGCGAGAGAACAGCGAUAACGGCACAUGGCGCUCAAACCACCCCGGGUCCAUGCAACACCCCAACUUCGAGUCUUACACGUUUCCCAACGGGACGAUCGAGUCGUGCCUCCUCCUCCACAGUUCUCCUGGCGUUGAUUUUCCCGGUUCUGGCAACUGUGGACAAGGCUCUGUACCACCCAUCGGCAUAGACGCGCGUACACCCUCAGACAUCGCAGCCGGAAUCCAUUUCGCUAACGAACACCACCUUAGGCUGGUCGUCAAAAACACCGGACACGACUUUCUAGGCCGCAGUACGGCGCGUGGGGCGUUCCUUAUCUGGACGCACCACAUGAAGGAUAUCCAAGUUCAUACUGAUUUUGUGCCGGAUGGUGCGCCAGAUGGGGUGGAAGGACAGCAUGGUGUACAAUGGAACGAAGCGUAUAAAGCUGCACACGAGGCUGGACGGACGCUCGUAGGUGGUAUCACAGCGGGUGGAAGCGUCGGUGCUGCUGGAGGGUGGGUGAUGGGUGGGGGACACAGUGCUCUCUCCCCCACCUACGGCUUAGGCGUCGACAACGUCCUCCAAUUCACCCUCCUCACCUCCUCCGGCACUCACCUCACAGCCAACGCCCACACCAACCCCGACCUCUUCUGGGCUCUGCGCGGGGGCGGCGGUGGUACAUUCGGCAUCCUCACCUCCGUCACCUACCGAACACACCCCUCCGCACCGCUCACCGUCGUCGAGCUCAAGAUGAAUUUAACCUCGCCGGAGGUGGCGCAGGAAAUGGUCACGGACCAGGUCUUCCCGACCUAUCUCCAAUUCGUCUAUAUCUCCCCUGGGAAAUCUCUUUCAGAGGCGAACGAGACUUUCAACUCCAUCCUCUCCCUCGCCCAAGAAAGAAGCAAUCAUACAGCGGAGACCACGACGCAAGUCUACCCCUCUUUUUACGCGUGGUUCGAGGAACGUUUUGGAGGGGAGAGGUCGACGGGGAAUGUAGGCCGCAUGGCGGAAUUGUCGUCGCGGUUGUUGGCGAGGAGUGUGGUGGAGAAGGAUCCGGGCUUGGUUGCGCGGUUGUUGUUGAGUAUGCCGAAUCCAAGUGGGGCGCCGUGGGCAACGGUAGCAGGCGGCGCAGUCGCCCAACCCGACCCCGACAGCGCAGGGUUGAACCCAGCAUGGCGAGAGGCCGUUGCGGAAGUCUACUUUGGCGAGUUCUGGAAUGAGAACGAGAAUGAUGUAGAGACUAUUGAGAGGGCUAGAGAGAGGUUGAUAAAUGGGACGAACAUUCUAGAUCCUGUUAGUGUUAACUCGGCUGCUUAUUUCAACGAGGCAAUGCUCUACGAAAAAGACUUCAAAACCACCUUUUUCGGAUCGCACUACGACCGCCUCAAGGAGAUCAAGAAUAGAGUCGAUCCCGAGGCUUUGUUCCUCGUACCCCUUGGAGUGGGAUCGGAGGAUUGGGAUGAGGAUCUUUUGUGUCCGAAGGGUGUUUAG